UCGCGCUCGCGCUCGCGCUGAGCAGAGGCGGCGGCUCGGGGAAGGGCCUGGGAUGGUGAUCGGGGAAAGAUGGUGUUCGAGGCUUUAGUGGUUGAGGUUUUGAACCGUUUCCUUGGAGACUACGUUGUGAACUUGGACUCCUCGCAGUUGCAGUUAGGAAUCUGGGGAGGAGACGUGGUACUCAAUAAUCUGGAAGUAAAAGAAAAUGCAUUUUGCGAGCUGCGAGUUCCAUUCCAAGUUAAAGCUGGACAUAUUGGUAAACUUGAACUGAAGAUACCAUGGAAGAACCUAUAUACACAAGCAGUAGAAGCUACAUUAGAUGGAGUCUAUUUGCUCGUUGUUCCAUGUGCCAGUAUUGAAUAUGAUGCCAACAAAGAGGAAUUGCAGCUUCAGGAAGUCAAACAGAAGGAAUUGCAAAGAAUUGAAGAAGCUAAGCAGAAGGUCGCUGACAAAGAAAAUCCUAAAGAAGAAAAGCAGGACACAUUCAUUGAAAAGUUAAUUACUCAGGUUAUUAAGAAUUUGCAGGUGAAAAUUACCAACAUCCAUAUCCGUUAUGAAGAUGAUAUCACAAAUCACAACUAUCCAUUGUCGUUUGGAAUUUCACUUCAGAAUUUAAGUCUUGAGACUGCAGAUGAACAAUGGAAUCCGUGUUUACAUGAUCAAUGUGAGCACGUCUUCAAUAAGCUUGUUCGAUUAGACUACCUCUGUGCAUAUUGGAAUGUCAACACCAACAUGUAUUCUUAUACCAGUCAGACUGAGGCCUUGGGACUCUUGAAAGAUGGAGUUUCAACAAGAGACUUCAUUCCAAGGGAAUAUCAGUUCAUUUUCCAGCCAAUAUCUGCAAAAGCCAAACUUGAAAUGAAUCCCCGAGCAGAAGUUGACUUUGCAUCACCAAAGGUAAACUUGGAAGUAGACCUCCAAAGUAUAACCAUUGAACUCAAGAGACCUCAGUAUCUUAGCAUCAUGGAGCUGCUUGGAUCUAUUGAUAUAAUGACGCGAAAUCUACCAUACAGGAAAUAUAAACCAAAUGUUCCUUGUCUCAGUAAUCCCAGUGCAUGGUGGACAUAUGCUAUAAAUAGUGUAUUGAAAGAGAACAUAAAGCCUAGACUUGAAGGAUGGUCAUGGAAACACAUUCGAAUGCACCGGCAAAAAAUCAAGAAUUAUAGACAGCUCUACAAAUCAAGGAUUACAUCCAAGAAACCAGAUGAAGGACUUAUCAGCACACUUGAGGAGCUUGAAAAAGAGCUGGAUUUGUUCAAUAUUACACUUGCAAGACAACAGGCAGAAGUGGAGGCAAUGAAAGCAGGGUAUAAGAUUUACAGACCUGGUGCAAAGGUUGAGGAAGAUGACUCUGGAGGAUGGUUUGCUUGGGCUUGGAGCUGGGCAGCAGGCAAAGAGGAGAAACCACAGGAUUCAAAAUCUGGAAUUGACUUUUUGAUGACUCCUGAAGAGAAAUCUAAACUCUAUACCGCAAUUGGAUAUAGUGAAGCAACAGUGGAUCCUACAAUGCCAAAAAGAUAUGAGGCAGUGAAACUUUCUGUGAAGCUAUUGAGUAUGUCCUUGUGCAUCAAAGAAGAGCAGGACAAGCCAGAGAUAAUGAAAUUUUCUGUGAUCAACUUAAGCACAAAGGUAACCCAGAGACCAGGAGCACAAGCAAUUAAGUUUGAAGCAAUGAUAAGUAGACUUGAAGUGACAGGACUUCCUUGGGAAAUGCAGAGACCAAUACUACUUUCGUCAGGAAAUAUUAAGACUGAAAGUGAAGAUACCCUGCUCCAGAUUAUGUUUGAAACCAAUCCAUUAGAUGAAAAAGCUGAUCAGCGGCUGAGGGUGGAGUCACGUCCUCUUGAAAUCGUGUAUAAUGCAAGAACUGUGAACAGUUUGGUGGAUUUUUUUCGACCACCCAGUGAUGUGCAGCUGGAGGAGAUAACAUCAGCAACUUUGAUGAAACUUGAGGAAUUCCGUGAUAAAACUGCAACAGGUUUGAUGUACGUUAUUGAGACACAGAAGGUCCUGGACUUGAAAGUUAACCUCAUGGCUUCUUAUAUUAUUGUUCCACAAAAUGGUUUUUAUGACAAAUUUGCCAACUUACUAGUUCUUGAUCUUGGUAAUUUAAAGAUGGUCAGUAAAAGUCGUGCAAAUCUGCCACAAAUCACAGCUGGAGAAAGCACGUUGGAGGAUAUCAUGGCCAGAGCCUAUGACUGUUUUGAUGUACAGCUGAGUAGUGUUCAGCUUCUCUAUGCUGAACCAGAGGAGGACUGGAAGACAGCUCGAAAAACAAAAGAAUCCUCUCAGCACAUCCUGCAACCCAUGGAUUUAAAACUUGAAUUUUGUAGAGCAAUGGUGGUCUCUGAUGCAAGAAUGCCAAAAUUUAAAGUUUAUGGUGGGCUUGCUCUACUUUCUGUUCACAUCUCAGACCAAAAACUUAGAGGAGUUCUAGGCUUGAUAGAUAGUAUUCCUACACCAGAAAGUCGUUUACCACCACAGCAGCCAUCUUUAAAAUCCAGACAGAAGCUGUCUCCUGAUAUGACGCCCCAGUCUGUGCAAAAAAGAGCAGUACAUAAGGAUCUGUACUCUUCUGUUCUCAGUAUGACAGAUUCUGAUGAUGAGUUCUAUGAUGCUCUCAGCUCUCCCAUGGAUACACCAAUAGACUUACCAAGUAGUGAUAUUUCAUUAAAAAGAUCAGAAUCAUUACGCCAGAAACAGUUGAGAAAACAAGAAUCAAUGAAAAAUAUGACUGAGUUCCAGUUGGAGUUUGAAAUAAGAAAGAUGCUACUUGGAAUUUUUCGUCACGUAGAAGGUACUGAAAAUCUUGUAUUGGAGUUGGAAAUAUUAGGACUUGGUACAGAACUGAAAUUGAGGACAUAUGAUAUGACUUCGCAUACGUAUCUCAAAGAAGUCAGCUUAAAAUGUCCUGAACAGAGAGAUUCUGACAAUAAACCCAUUUAUAUUAUCACCACAUUGGACAACAAUGAAGAUGAUCUUCUUACAAUAGAAUAUAUUAAGGCUAACCGAAAUGGACCAGAGUUCACAACCACCUACAACAAUACAGAGCAACUCAUCAAGGCAAACAUUUCUUCGCUGGAUGUCCAUUUACACACUGAAGCACUGCUGAAUUCUAUUAAUUUCCUGAAGAGUCUUAUACCACAUUCUGAAAACAAGGUCAGUUCAGAUGAACAAGUCCCUGCCAUUGAGGAGAAAAAGGAGGUCUUCACAAAGAAAAAGUCAUCUUCUAAAAAAUCAACAUAUGAUGAUAUGAUCAGCAUUCAUAGUUAUGCAGAAUUGGCACUUCUGAAAGUUUUCAUCAGUGAUCAAAGGAAAAGAAUUGCAGAAGUAAGCAUUGAAGGUCUUGAUGCUGUGGUGGUUUUGAGGAAGGCAUCUACUGAAAUAACAACAAAACUAAAGAAUAUUGUUGUUUUGGAUGCUGAAGAAAAUGCACCAUACAAGAAGGCUGUAUCCCUUACUGGAAAAGAGGUCUUCAGCUUUAAAAUGACUUCUUACAUGGAUGCUACAGAAGGUGCUGCCUAUACUGAUCUGAAUGUGGUUGAUAAUUCUAUUAAAUUGACUGUUGGCUGUAUUCAGGUCAUCUUUGUGAAAAAAUUUGUCUCUUCAUUAUUGGCCUUCAUGAAUACUUUCCAAACUGCCAGGGAAGCUGUGACUGAGGCAACUGCCCAAGCUGCUUCUGGAGUGAAGGAUCUUGCAGAACGGAGCACCAGAAUGUCACUGGAUAUUCAAAUCAAUGCACCUGUAGUUGUUGUUCCGCAGUCUCCUAUUUCUGAAAAUGUUGUUGUUGCAGAUUUUGGUGUUAUUAUUAUACAGAACAAUUUCUCAAUGAUUAAACAAAAAGCUCAGAACAAUUUGCCACCAGUCAUUGAUUCCAUGAAAAUAUGGCUACGUGAGCUGAAAUUAUACAGGACAAUGUAUGUGGAUGGGAUUUUUCUCUCUGAAAUUUCAUUGCUUCAGCCUGUUAACCUGGAAGUUGUUGUUGAGCGUAACUUAGCUGCAGAUUGGUACCAUGAAAUUCCAGAUAUUAAAAUUCUUGGAAGCUUAAAACCUCUGCAUGUUGUACUCAGCCAAGAUGAUCUGAUCAUUAUAUUGAAAACUCUCAAUGAAAAUUUGGGUGAUAAUUCAGUUGACUCUGUGGCUGCACAAAGUGAUAAAAGGAGAGAUCAUUCGGGCAAUGAGAAAGGAAGUCCUUCGCAAAAUUCUGCAGGAAGAACUGUGGUAACUGCUGCUGUUGUGGAACCACAAAAACCUGUGAAAUUUAAGACAACAUUGAAGUUGGAUUUUAGUUUGGAUGAGCUUUCUUUAAUCCUCUACGGUCAACCUUUAAACCCGAUGAAUAUUACAAAAGAGCAGAGAUCUGAGCAGGACAUACUAGCAGAGUUCAAGUUACACACGUUUUCCACUUCUGUCAAGAUGUUAUCUGAUGGCUCCAUGAAAGCUGAAGUGAAACUCUAUAACUGCAUGCUAGAUGACAAACGAAUGGCAAUAGAGAAAGCCACAUCAAGAAUGGUGGAAAUGAAGCUAACAAAUAAGAAUAAUGCAAUGAUCGACUUCAGUUACAAACAAGGAAGAGAAGGCAUGUUUCUAGAUGCAAUUAUACGUGAUAUCUAUGUUUGUGCAAGUAUGGAAUUUCUACUCACAGUGGUUGACUUCUUUGUACAAGCAAAUAAUCAGGUCUCUGCAGUGCAUACGAACAAACCAACAGCAACACAGACAAAGGAUAGAGGAGAAAGAGUGUCAUCACAAACUACGUCAAAAAUGGAACUCAUUGUUCGUGUUCAGAAUCCAGAGAUCAUCCUUGUAGCAGAUUUGACAAGAGCAGAUGCCCCAUCACUGGUGGUGACAGCUCAGUGUGAGGCUGAUAUUAAUAAUGAUUUGGAAAGUCAAAAAAUUACUGCAGCUGUUAAAGAUCUAAAAGUAAUGGUCUGCCCGUUUCUAAAAGAAAAAAGAAAAAAACAAGUUACCACGGUCCUUCAACCUUGUAAUUUGUUCUUCCGAAGUACACAAGCUGCUUCUGGUCCCAUUGAAGUGGAGUUGGCUGUGAAAUCACUGAUACUGAAAGUGUCUCCUGUUAUUAUCAACACGGUGAUUACAAUAAUGUCUGCCUUGACUCCAGCUGCUGAUAGUCCACAGGAAAAAUGCAACGAGAUUCCACUUGACUUGUGGACUAAGAAGGAUGUGAAAAAUUUAAAAUUCUGGUUUUUGGAAGACACAAAUAAUAAUGGAAAUAAUGAUGGCCCAAUAAAACAACUAGAUACAACAGGAGAGAGCCUAAAAAUGACAGUUGAAUAUGUUUGCCUGACUCUGGAAGCAGGUAUUGGACACAGAACUGUUCCAAUGCUUUUAGCAAAGUCAACUUUUAAAGGAGACGUGCAGAACUGGAGCACACUCAUUAACCUUAAGUGCCAUCUUAAUUUAGAGGUACAUUACUACAAUGAAGUACUUGCUGUAUGGGAGCCACUACUUGAACCACUAGAGAUUGAAAACAGUGAUGAAUUUCGACCUUGGGAGCUUGGGAUCAAAAUAAAGAAGAAGGCUAUCAAAGCAAGGAACGAUGCAGAAAAUGAAGAGGAAAAGCUCCAGACUCCUGCAUAUAAAACAGUUCUUCAAGUCUCUUCAAAAGACCAACUCAAUAUUACCAUGUCAAAAUGUGGUUUAACCAUGCUUAAUAAUUUAGCUACGGCAUUUGCUGAAGCUGCUGGUAAAACAAGUGACGUUUUUCAGAAAGACCAAGCGCCUUUCGCAAUAAAGAAUUCUCUUGGAAUUGAUGUUACAAUUUAUCCUAGUGAUUCAUUUGUUGUCAUCAAUAGAACAUCAGUAAAAAAGAGUUAUGAACUUAGAGAUGGAGAGAUUCUUGAUAUGGAUUACCAGCGGACCACAAAUGAACAGGAGCUUCUAUCAAACUUAACUAAUGCAAGCAGCAAAUUGUUUUACAUUUCACUAACUCCUCAGGGCCACACCGCAGCUGACAAAAUUCCACUAAUUAGGUUGGGUCGCCGUUUGUACACCAUUACACAUGAGGAAUCAGUUGUUGAGCGAGCCAUUAUAUGCCAGAUUGAUGCAGUGCAAGGAAGCAAGAAAAUAACAAUUCGUUCUCCUGUUCAGAUAAAAAAUCACUUUUCGUUGCCUUUCGAUGUGCUUGAAGAUAUGGAAUCAGGUUUGAAGUUGCUUGGUAAAAUUCAGCCAAAUGAAGAUUUCAAUGUGCCUUUGCUUUCUUACAGAUCAGAUCUCCGUUUACAAUUAAUAAUGAAGAACAAGGAACCAUAUGCUCCCUGUGAAACUAUCACUUUUGGUCAUUUAAAUACAAAUACUAAAGUUGUAUUUAAGCGUAAGUGCUGUUUUGGGAAAAAUGAGCAGGACCCAAUGAUGAUCAAUAUAGUUGCAGUACAUGACACACUGACAUCAGACAAUCCUGAUGAAGACAAGAAUGCAUAUGUGCUCCAUUUGUGGCCUACUGCAAUUCUUCAAAACCUUCUGCCUUGUAUGGUUGAUGUAUGUCUAACUGAGGGAAGUGUGGAGCGAACCUUGAAGGUCGAUGAAGGGAAUUCUGCCCAGCUUCAUGAUGCUGUAUUGGACAAGUCUAAAUUGACCCUCGCUAUUAAUUACUUGGGCCAUAAUUGGACAGGAGAGUAUAGCAUCAAAAGCAACCAAACUGACAUUGAAUUAAUCAAAUUUAAAACACACGAUGAUGAAAAGAGUGAAAUAGACAUUGCAAUCCUUGUGACAAGCAACAUUGGAUACACUUUAUUGACAUUGCAUAGUCCAUAUUGGAUGAUAAAUAAAACUGGGAGGAUGCUUCAGUAUAAAGCUGAUGAUGUCCACCAUAAGCAUCCUUUGGAUUACAGAAAGCCUUUGCUGUUUUCUUUUGGAUCGAAAUGUAUUUUCCAAAAGAACAAGGUUCAACUAAAGAUAACUGACAGCGAAUUGUCAGAUUGGUUUUCUCUGGACACUGUGGGUAGUUAUGGCUCUGUUAAAUGCAAAGGACCAAAAAAGGAUUAUCAGGUUGGUGUGAGAAUAGACACCAGCAGCUUCAACCUAACAAAAAUUGUAACCUUCACACCAUUUCACAUGAUCAUCAAUCGAACAAAAUACAGGAUAGAAGUGACUGAAGAGUGUGAUGCGAAGUGGCUCAGUAUUGAUUCAAACCAGUGCAUCCCCUUCUGGCCUGCCAGAGGUUCUGAAAAGUUAGUCGUUCGAGUUGAAGGAUGCAGUGCGCAACCACAAAAAUUUUACUUCAACAAACAAGAAAAUUGUCUUUUACUUCGUCUGGAUAAUAAGUUUGGAGGCAUCAUAGUGGAAGUACACUUGGCAGAACAUUCUACCUUGGUUACUUUUAAGGAUUACCAUGAAGGGGCUGCUCCGUUCCUCAUUAUUAACCGUACAGGCACAAGCACAAUUGAGUAUCAUCAGAGCAAUUCAACUCGAAGGAAGUAUCAAUUGGAGCCAGGUGAAGCAUCUUACUAUACCUGGGAAGAGCCAACAGAACCAAAGCUGUUGAAGUGGUAUUGUCAAUGUGAGGAUAUAAGUGGAGAACUAAGCAUGGUAAAGGAUGAUUUUCUAAGGGAUAAUGGGGCUUUUUAUGUAGAAUCCUUCUUUGAGGGACUGCAGAGAAUCAUUCUGUUCACAGACGAUGAGAGAACAUUCAGACUGGCUCACGAAAGUGAGAAAGCAGAAAUAGCAGACCAGGAAAUUAUCCUGUCUUUACAGAACUUGGGAAUUUCAUUGGUUAAUAAUUCAACAAAGCAAGAAGUGAUCUACAUUGGUAUAACAAGUUCUGAUGUUAUUUGGGAAAGUAAACCCAAAGACAAAUCACGCUGGAAACAAAUGAGUAGGAAACAAACAGCUCAACUGGAAAAGGUUUAUAAAGACUAUAUGGAGACCUCACCUCACGAGAGCUACAUUGCUGAUCUUCCCUGUGAUUUUAAGGCUCUUCUAACUCCCACUGGUACAGACAUGAAACUUUUACAACCUUCUGAAGUGCAAAUAAGAAGAAAUUAUCAACCAGCUAUAAAAAUAGAAUACACAAUUUCAACUCAUCAAAGAUCCCUCAGAAUCCAGGUUUUCAAGAUUCAGAUUCAAAACCAGCUUUCUGGAGCCAUCUUUCCUUUUCCAUUUUAUCCUAUUACUCCCCCUAAGUCUAUCGCCAUGGAUUCAGCACCAAAACCUUUUGCUGAUGUUAGUAUCAUCAUUAGAUCUGCAGGACAGUCUGAAAUAUCUCGUUUCAGAUACUUUGUGGUCUUAAUUCAAGAAAUGGAUCUGAAGUUGGAUCUUGGUUUUCUUUAUGCCCUCAUGGAACUCUUCACCCAAUCAACAGAUACAGUUAUUGUAGAACAAAAGCUGGAGCUAUUUAAAAAAGACCUUGAGUAUGUUCAAACAGAGCUGUUGACUGAAUCUGCCAAUGACACUUCACCUAUCAGUCUAUAUGAAUAUUUUCAUAUUUCUCCUAUCAAACUACAUCUGAGUUUUUCUAUCAGUUCGGGAAGUGAAGAAAGUAACAAACAGCAAGAAACAGAAUUGGUCCCAAUUCAAUCUCUGAAUCUUUUGUUAAAAAGCAUUGGAGCAACUCUCACUGAUGUACAAGAUGUUGUCUUCAAGCUUGCAUGUCUUGAAAUCCAGCAUCAAUUUUAUACUACACAACAGCUUCAAUGGGAGGUCAUCCGACAUUAUUCUAAACAGGCAAUCAAACAAUUAUAUGUCCUUGUUCUUGGACUCGAUGUCUUGGGCAAUCCUUUUGGAUUAAUCAGAGAUAUAUCAGAAGGAGUAGGAGCAUUUUUCUAUGAACCUUAUCAGGGAGCAAUUCAAGGACCUGAAGAAUUUGUGGAAGGAAUGGCCUUGGGUGUAAAGGCUUUAGUUGGUGGUGCUGUUGGUGGUAUUGCAGGUGCUGCAUCUAGGAUAACUGGUGCAAUGGCAAAAGGGGUAGCUGCUAUAACGAUGGAUGAAGAAUACCAGCAGAGACGUAGAGAGGCCAUGAAUAAGCAGCCAAGUGGAAUUAAAGAAGGAAUUACACGUGGAGGAAAAGGCUUAGUAUCGGGUUUUGUAAGUGGAAUCACUGGAAUAGUGACAAAGCCAAUCAAAGGUGCGCAGAAGGAAGGUGCAGCUGGUUUUUUUAAAGGAAUUGGCAAAGGCCUGGUUGGAGCAGUGGCAAGACCAGCUGGAGGCAUUAUAGACUUGGCCAGCAGCACUUUUCAAGGGAUAAAAAGCGCAACAGAAUCAUCAGAAGAAGUUGAGAGCCUCCGGCCACCUCGAUUUAUUCAUGAAGAUGGAGUAAUUCGUCCAUACAGGCUGAGAGAAGCAGAUGGCAUGCAGAUCCUUCAGAAAAUUGAAAAUGGAAGAUUUGCCAAAUUCAAGUACUUUUUCCACAAAAAGAUAAAUGACUCAGACUUGUUUAUGAUCACAAAAAGUGGUGUCUUUUUUGUAACACAAGGAACAUUUGGUCAGAUGACCUGUGAAUGGCAGUACAAUUUUGAAGAAUUCACUAAGGAGCCCUUCAUUGUUGAUGGGAGGAGGUUGCGUAUUGAAGCCAAAGAACGGGUCAAGUCUGUUUUCCAUGCAAAAGAAUAUGGAAAAAUUGUUAAUUUCCGAUCUGAAAAUGAUGCAAAGUGGAUUCUGGAAAAAUUGCAAGAAGUGAGAGAAAGUGGUACACAUGAUCAACAUCCAAGACGUGAAUGAGUGUUGCAAAUUUCAUAACAAUUAAAUGUAUUAAGUAGAAUUUAAUUUACUAAAUGAAUUGUAUCUAAUUGAACAGAAACUUGUACCUAUCUAGUGGAGUAAACAGCAAUAUGAGAUAACGUAAUCCAUUUUAAUUUAUAAUUUUGAUUUGUAUGUUUUAGUUCCUCUGUUCAGAAAUAGUAAUUAGAAUUUAAAACUCUCAACUGUACGAUAACUAUUAUUGUAAUUUUGUUUUAUUGAAUGAUUAAGAUUAAUCAGGUCUGGAUUCUUAAGCAUGGAAUUAUUCUGGAUUCCUCAGAAUAGAAUUGAACCAUUUUCUAAUAAGUGUGCCAACGUUUUCUUCAUAGUUGGGCUACUGAGCUCUAUUCAGUGACUCAAUGUCAUGUUACUAAGUAACAUAAAUAACUAGAGGAAUAAAGAUAUUUGACCCCUACUACAAAAAUUCAUAGAAUGAACUGAACUUGCUUUUAAGGAAAAUAUGCAUUACAUAUUUAAAAAUAGUAAAUAAAUUAAGAUUUUUCUUGCAGAACUGGGAAGAAUUGGUAAAACAACUCAGUUAAUCAUUUAUUGAUCAAAUACCCAAUGCCCUUUUUCAUUACUUCUAUUACCUUUCAAUAGAUCUAUAUACAAAAUUAUGUAUCACAAAUUGAUAUGCGAUUACCUGAUGUAUUCUUGUAAAUACUUAAUUAUGCUAUUUAUACACAAAGCUCUUAAAAGUUGUAUUGCAGUUGCAGUGAUGUUAUAACGGCCAUCAAAAUCAACUUGACAGCAGAAAUAACAACUGAUCUAGACAUUUUCUUUCUAUGUUUAAUCUGCGAAGUAUAAUAGAAUCCCUAAUUAAUUUAAAAAAUUCAUAACUUUUAAAGAUUUUGUCAACUGAUGUUUUCAAGAAUUUUUUUAGUAUUGCAGAAUGCUCUGCAUGUUCCAAUUUGUCUAUUUCAGUGUUUUCAAUGUAAGUGUUAAAUACAUCUGGGAGUGUAUAUAUGAAAAUAGCAUCUUUAUUUGAAUUUGAUCAUAGAUACCUUUGAAAAUCAGAUUUAUUAAUUUCAAUUAAGUUUCAUUUUAUAUGGAUCAUAAUCAUGCUUAACUUGUUUUAAAUUGUCUUAAAUAAUAUUAUAUGCAAUUUUCUACAAUUUCCAUUAUGUAGCUGCACUUUGGGAAAAAUGUGAAUAUAAGAAUUUUGUGCUUUUUAAUUAAUAUAAAUUGGUAGUUAAAUCUGAUGCAGCAAGUGUUAUGCUAAUUACUUUCAGAAGCAUCAUCUACUAGGAAAAUAGUAUAAUUUAAUUUGGAGGGAGGGACUGGCUACAUUUUUGCAAACUUGCAUUAAGAUAGUAUUUUGUUCUCCAUGUGUAUGCUAAGCUAUGUUGACUUGUCUCAAGAGGAAAUGAAAACAUGGUGUAGGUUGGACAGCAAGAGCAGAGAACCCCACAGGUUUCAGACCAAAGGCUUUUUCUGAAAAUGUUCCAUAAAAUAAAUCCUACAUAGCUCAUACUAGAUACAGAUGAAUGGGAUCAGUACAAUUUCUAAUUGCACAAAUGUACCCUUCCAACAAUUUUUCACACAUUUUUUCAAGAAUUCUUGACUUUCAUUGUGCUUGAAAUCACGAUUAAAUGUUGCAUAUUGUCAUGUUAUGGCUCCCCCUAAGUUAAGAACACCUGAAUAGAAAUAUGGUACUGGUGUUAUCAUGUGUCCUUUUAAUAUUGACAACAUGUACAGUUAAAUGGUUAUUUUGAUAAUUCGUAUUAUCAAAGCUUAUAUUUUAAUUCCUAGCAUUGUUCAGUUUGCUAAGUUUGGGGGGGGGGGGUGUCAUGCUAUACAGUGGUGUGAUCUUAUUAUCAUAAUCUUGAGUUCAAAUUCCAACAUAACUAGUAGGGAAUAUACAUUUAUUUAGUUAAAUAUGGAAGGGAAGCUAUCAUCACAUUGUUCAUGAAACCUACUUGUUUUAAAACCACAUCCACUUUCUCAGGGGCUUUUGCGCUGGGGUGGUAAGAAAUGUGUUGUUCUUAUAUAAUUUGUCCUAAAUAUGACGUCACAGUCACACCUAUUUGGUCAACUUAACUGAAUUUUAAAGGCAAUUGGGGAUGGGUAAUAAAUGGCUGGCCUUUUCGGGACAGUCUGAUCACCACUUUAAAGGUAUACAGCCAUUCAUGCAUAUAGCUGAAAGCAAUCUACCCAAGGUUUUGAAUAGAUCACAGAUGAAAAGUGGCUGUUCGUACAUUUGGAGGAAUGGAGAAUGUUACUGCACUGACAGCAGACCUGGGGGUGGGGGGGGGGUGGAGGGAGGAGGAGACGAGAUCUGCUUAUCGUUCUUUCCAAUAAAUCAUGAGUAUGGCAUCAGGGAAGAGCGAAAAUUUAUUCUGUUCAACAUCUAUGCACCUACAAGUACAAAAUCAUGCAAUAAGGCCCUAGAGCCUAAGAGUAGUUUAUAAAUGUUCCUUCCUAAUCAUAAUGUAAAAUCUGCUCUCCGAGCUUGCAGGUUAGUUCGUGAAAAUGUUUGUAUCAAGUAGCAAAGUCUUCCUUUCCAAAUUCUGUAACUAGGAAAAGGACCAGUUGAUAUUUUCUUUGUGCUAUGCAAUCUACUGCAGAAUAAAUGUCAAAUUCCUCAAAUUCACUCUUCCAUUAAAAAUGCAUUAAAAUUAAUUCAGGUGUAGAAAUUAAUGUAAAUCAUUUGCAUUAUGAUAGCUUGGUUAAUGGAAAUAUGACAUGAACUGUUGUUUACAGAUGUAUCCUUUCAACAACUCUUUUUAUCUAUUAAACAAUAACGAAGUUAAACAAUUAAGUCAUGAUUUAUUAUUUGAGCUGCCUCUUGAUUUUUAAACUUUAUACUGCACCAUGGGUGCCUUUGAACAACAGUAAAUUUUGUGAAAUUUCAUGUACAUUGCAAGUGUACUGCAAUGUAGUCUGCAUUAUUCAUAGUGUAUUUCUCGCUAAUAACACAAAGCUACAUGAAUAUCUGACAAAGCAAGAAUGUUGUAGACAUUAAAUUAUUACAAGCGUAACUUUAAGGGACUGUUUCCCCUCAGGAGAAUUACAAGCUGCACUGCAUCCAAAUAACUUGAGCAUGUAAUGCCCAGGAAUAGAAAUGUAAAUAUUUUCACAUGAUCUUUCCUGGUUAUCUUUGGUUCGUGCAAUGAAUGAAUUAAAGAACGUAGGCUAAAAUUCAACCUACUACUUUCUUUAGAAAUGCUUUUCUUUGUAGACUAAAUAUUACCUUGAGUAAUUCAAAUAAAAAGUCC